UAAAAAAAAAGUAACCAAGAUAAACAAAAUAUUUAAACCAAAAUUGAAACAAUUAGACUUGGGAAUACCGAACGUAACUGAGGAGGAAUUAAGCCUAGCAUCGGUGGUAUCGGUAGAAAACCAGAUGCGUGUUCAAUCUCCAAAAGUGAUGGCGCCAGCGCGAAUGAAUUUUCUUCCAAAACUUACACGACAGUGAUCACAGGAUAUGUCGUUCAUCGUAAUAUAACAAAUUAUUUAUAAUGGAAGAGCCCCAUACCGACAAUGAGAACACCAAGCUCAUUCGCGCUUACGAAGAUAAAGAUUUAGCAGAAAGUUAUGCAAAAUAUCGACCCUCAUACCCUCACAUUGUACAUGAAUCAAUUAUAGGAUAUUUGAAGAAAAAGCAUCUAAUCAACACUCAAGAUGGGAAGUUCAAACAAAUGCUAGAUGUAGGAUGUGGAAGUGGAACAUUGUCAACACAACCUUUUUCUCCGUAUUUUGAAUCAAUACUUGGAGUCGAUAUCAGCAGCGCUAAAAUCGAAGAAGCAAAAAAGUUGAACAAGUGUAAAAACGUUUUUUUUAAGGUGAUUGAUAGUUACAAAUAUCCUAUAGAAGACAACACAGUUGAUCUCAUCACUUGUGGAACAUCGAUUCAUUAUCUUGAUAUAAGGUUAUUUGAAAAAGAAUGUGAAAGAAUUUUGAAACCGGGUGGAUGUUGCGCUUUUUAUAUAAUGAACUUUGGGAGCAUUAAAGAGGUGACCAAACCGGAGAGUGACUCCAAGCAUCUUGAAGUGUUGUUGAAUCCAUUCAUAGCUGAAUUUAUGAUCGACAUAGAUGCUCAUCCAUGUAACUUUUCGGCGCUCAACCGAAAUCGGCCGAUCUAUGAUCGAAUACAAAACAAAACAAAAGAAUUACUUGAAGAAAUCAUUUGCGAAACGAAAAUGUCAUUACGCCAGCUUAAGGACAUAUUUGGGACAUUUGGCGAUUAUAUCACUUUAAUGAAACAAGGUAAACCAAAUAUUGAUCCUUUGGAAAACUUUGGUAACAACAUCAGGAAAUCCCUGCGUUUGAACGAUGGAAAUUCUGACGACUACAUCAUUUUAAACGUUGAAAUGGUUUAUCCCAUAUACUUGUUCGCAAAAUUAAUUUGAUGCAUUGAAAUUGCAGUAGAAAAAAUGUUUAAGUUUGAAGAUAUUUUGCAACAAUUAACGAAAUAAUAGUGGGAUGUGAAUGAAAUAAAAUCAAAACUAAACACUUCGAGCACUGGACAUAUCCACCGACGUAUUGGAUUCAUUCAGUAGGAUAUACAACCAGUAUUUCCUAAUGCAAUGUUUUCUCCGAUAUGAACUGACCGUUUGCGUGUUUUUGUAUAUUUACUAGGGGCCACAGACCAACCCAAAAAGUUAUUUUUCCUUUAACGAGUGUAACUCUAUCUUGUUUCGUUUUAUAUGUACAUAAUUUUGCGAUAUCUGAGCAUGUUUAUUAUUUAUACAAUAUAUAUAUAACUACA